AACACGAACGCGUAUGUUUAUUUGUUUAUCGACAUUACAGAAACAGUUUUAUGAGAACUAGAGCGAGUUCAGUAUGAGAGUAUAUAGCACAAUCAAAAAUAUAUUAUUGCCUUUUUUAUUUUUUUCCAUUGUUCUGUUCCUGUGCUGUCUAAGACAGUUCGAUUAUAAUUUUUUUCAGAAAAGUAAUCACCGCUUUUUGACUUUUGGAAAAGGUACCUAUACCAAAAUGAAUACAGUGCAAAAACAUUUAAAAGAGACCAAAAAACACCGAGAUACUAAAGACAAUUAUGAAGACCUGUUUAGUCAAAAUCUACUUAUGAGGCACAACAAAGAGUUAACCAACAGGAGUAUGAAGUCGUCGACAAAAAAUAAACAGAUGGCGAACUCCAACAAACUGCUGUAUAAUCGUGUACCAAAGAGUGGCAGUGAGACAAUGAACUUCCUACUAAAUAAGUUAUCUAAACUUAAUGAUUUUAAACACCACCAUUCCCAUGUUUUCGAUAAACGACGUCUUAGUGAAGAUGAACAGAGAGCAUUUGCCUGUGAAGUAAUAGAAAAGAAGCCACCAUUUGUUUACGAUCGUCACGUCUAUUUCACAGAUUUUACCAAAUUUACGUAUUCUAACCCUCUGUAUAUCAACAAUAUACGGGACCCUGUGGAAAAGAUUAUCUCUCGAUUUUACUACUGGCGAACAUCUAGUGUACACGUUUUCGAACAGCUAAGGUCGGCGACUAAAGUGAAUAUCAGUUCUUACUUGUUUUCAUACCUUUUUCACCCAUUGAAUUUUUUUCAAUGGGUGAAAAAGGAUUUUGAACAGUGUGUGCUUACACAUGAUCCAGAAUGUACCUUUAUAACCGGACAGCCUUACGACCUUGCCAUACCUUACUUCUGUGGUCAUGAAGAGGAGUGCACGCUUUUAAACAGCAAGACUGCUUUGGAACGAGCCAAAAAGAAUGUAUUGAAAUACUACACUGUAGUAGGAGUUUUAGAAGAAAUGAACAAAACGCUGAAAGUGUUGGAAACUUAUAUUCCCCAGUUUUUCACAGGUGUUUCUGCUUUAUACAACAUUAAACCAAAAGUAAAGAACAAGACAUCACGGAAGAAGAUGGUUUCCAAACAAGUAAAAGAUAUUUUGAAACAAAAUCUAACCAUGGAAUAUGAGUUUUACAAUUUCAUUCAUAAACGACUUAAUGAUCAAUUCAAUGCCGUUAAAAAUCGACGUUAAAAACUUAGUUGGAACUAAGAUGUAAAGAAAACUAUGGAAUCAUAAAGUGAUAGAACUAUGUAAAAAAAAACAUGUACUUUCUUAUUUUAUUUGUAAUAAAAUAA